GCCUGAUCUAAAAUCACUCUUUUUCUCGCGUUGUUAAAAGAUUUUCUGUCGCGAAAAUGCACCAAUAUGGGGUGCAGCUUGAUUCGGCGUCAACACGAGACGCGACAUGUCACCGCUGAUUGUAACCACCAGGCGGCGCUGUGGGUCUGUUUCUUUCAGAGUGCGCUCCGAAAAAUCACACAGAGACAAGAAAAAAAAACGUGCAGUGACGUCACUACCAAGGCAACAGCGUGUUGACCUCUGAGGGGGAGAAGAACUUCUCAUAUCUGUAGGAAAAAACCGUUCAGUAGAAGAGAUGAUGAUGGAGAGUUUGGAUGCGAGGCGAGAGAGGAUCAGCUUUACAUUUCCCAGUUUCUCCUCUAUUCCCCCCAAAUCCCAAACUGUGAUCACCAGUAAUGUGGAGAAGAAAGGCUUCAGCUCCCAAACCAAGCGCUUUACACACUAUAUGAAUGAGAACCCUGGCCCUGGCUCGUAUUUGUCUCACAUGUCCGCCGACAGCUGCAGUCCAUCCUUCUCUACGAAAGGUACUGGAGGCUUUGCAUCAAAGGCACUACGAGUGAGGCCUAAACCCCAGAGAGGAUCUCCGGCCCCCAACACCUACAACCUCCAGAGCUCACUUCUCCGCCAGCACGACUUCAACAGGGACGUCUCCAGAACCUUCCACCAGCCCAUCGCAGUUCAGACAACAAACACGCAACAAAAAUCACCCGCACCAAACCAAUACAAUGUGUGUUACAGAGGAGUUGAGGUAAACUGCUUGGUCUCUGCCCAGUCUGCGUUUCUCUCCAAAACCAGACGCAGUGAUGUUUAUCCUCCUGCACAGAGAGGACCAUCUCCAUGUCAUUAUAGUGUGAAGGACACAGCGAUACACAAAACCCCUAAAGUUCCAUCAUCCUGCUUCAAGUCCACGUCUGUCAGGAUACAGACUCUAAUGAAGAGUGAAGGGCCGGGUCCAGGAUCCUACAGUCCUUAUAAAACUCCAGAACCAGUCAAGAGGGCCAUCAUACCGAGAAGGCAUUAUUUAGGACUUUCAGCUCCUCCUGUUCUUCCUCCUAAAGACCCCCCACUGCCCGGACCGGGGCAAUACAACAUCGUGAACAAUAUCAGUCCGUCUAAACACUCCAUGGUCAGUGCUGUAUUCAUGUCUAGCACACGUAGAGAGACACUCGACAACCAAGAUCAUGGAGUCCCAGGACCAGGUUCCUACGAGCCAGACGUGCCUACGAAGCGCUCGUUCUUAUACAAUCAUGCCAACAUGUGGAUACCAGCAUAAAGACAAGCUUUCAGGAGAAAAGACUUUUCUACACUUGAUGACUCCCAGUGGUCCUGGAGACUUUUCUCAGAGCUCUUACAACAUCAAGACACAUUUACACAACACCUAUGAUCAAAAACAUGACCAAGCAGUUGCCAGAUAGAGAGCACAUACGUCGCGGGUGAGAUCUGAUUCAGAGUCACAGCAGCUGUUACUUAGAACGCUUUCUACCAUAAAACAGAUUACCAAACAGACCAUUACAGAUAAUUUACUUGAAAUGACCUGCAUCACCUUUCAUUUAUUUUUUUGGGGGAAUCCUAACAUGCUAAUGAAACCUUUGAGCGAUGUCCACUAUGUGACUGUCGCACCACAUCCCCAACGUUCUCCAAUGCAAACAAAGCCUAUUUCCGUACUUCACAACUUUCAGGACAAAACAGAAACAUUCUCAACGCAAGUAUGUAAUGUCCACAUCACUACCAUACGUCCUCAGGCACCACAGCAGUGCAGGUUCCUGUCAAUAACUUCAGGACCAUCUAUUUUCAUCCAACUGGUGACUACAGAGACAAACUCAUCAUCUGAUAACUCCCUGCCCUCGAGUACUUUUCCUUUUAUCAUGUUCUGUCCCACCCUAAACUGAACCCUGUGGUAUUUUCCACGUAAAAACCCAUAUGAUCUCUAACAACAGAUUUUAAAAGGAUUAAUAAUUAGAUUUGCAUUUAUUUAUCUGGUCCGGAGCUAAUGGCAGGGAUUGCUAGGUGAAAAAGAGGUAGGAGGAAAUCAGAGAAUCCAGAAGAAAGCCAUGUUCAUAUUCACAGCGCUUCACUUUUUCCACAUUUUGUUGUUACAGCCAUAUUCCAGAGUGGAUUAAGUUCAAUAUUUUUCUCAAAAUUCUACAAACAAUUCCCCAUUUGUUGUAAAUCUUUACAAAUGUAUUUAAAAUGAAAGAAAAUCACAUGUACAUAAGUUUUCACAGACUUUGCUCAAAACUUUGUUGAAGCAUCGUUGGCACCAAUUGCAGCCUCAAGUCUUGUUCAGUAUGAUAGUGCGAGCUUGUUACACCUAUCUUUGGACAGUUUCUCCCAUUCUUCUUUGCAGAACCUCUUCAGCUCCAUCAGGUUGGAUGGGGAACAUCAGUGCACAGCCAUUUUCAGAUCUCUCCAGAGAUGUUCAAUCGGGUUCACUUUCAUGGACAUUUACAGAGUCCCAUAGCCACUCCUUUGUUAUCUUUUUUGUGGGUUUAGAGUUGUUGUCCUAAUGGAAGAUGAACCGUCCCCACAGUCUGGGGUACAGAGCUUUCUGGAGCAGGUUUUCAUCAAGGAUGUCUCUGUACAUUGCUGCAUUCAUCUUUCCCUCAGUCCUGAUGUCACCCAGUUUCUGCUGCUGAAAAACAUCCCCACAGUAUGAUGCUGCCACCACCAUGCUUCACUGUAUUGAUGGUAUUGGCCAGGUGAAAUCUUUCUGUCCCCUUCCCCAGAUCAGUUUCUCAAUACAAUCCUGUCUCGAAGGUCUACAAACAAUUCCUUGGACUUCAUGGCUUGCUUUGUGCUCUGGCAUGCACUGUUAACUGGGGGACCUAUAGACAUUAAUGUUCAAUCAACUGAUUUCACCACAUGUGUACUCCAAUCAAGUUGUAGAAACAUCUCAAGGAUGAUCAGUAAAGACCUGAGCUUAA